UUCUUGCUUGAUUGAGAUGCCUUUUAAUAAUUUUCAUCCAAUUUUAUAUUCCACUAUUACAAUUUACAAUCCACUCUAAUAAUAACAUAAACUUCUCCACCUCUUCAUCACUCCAAAAUUUAAAAAACUUUACAGUUACAAAAUUAAAAUAUUUUAUGAGACACAGAAGAACAGCCUUUGUAGAAAAAAAGGAUACCCUUUUGGGGGAGACUCAUGUAUAACAAAUCAACCAAUCUCAAACUACCCCUUAUAUAUAUACAUGAACAUGUAGAUCCUCCUAUACAUAAUAUUCAUAUUUUCCGGCAAACCGAUCACCAGGGAAAAAAAAUUGUAGAAUUUUAAGGCAAGUGUGUCCAUCCCUCAAAUUGAGUAUGCAAAUUUUACUUCAUCUCCUUUUUUUGUUCUUCUUCCUUGUUGAAUCACAAUCUACCUAUAGCCAAGUUUACUUGACUUCUACUCCAAAUGUAGCCACAUAUUUCCAAGCAAGCCUAGCAGUUGUCAUUGGUGUCCUUGCCAUCAUGUUUUCACUGACAAUAGUCCUCCUCAUCUAUGCAAGGUUUUGUCGCCAAGCUUCACCGAUUCAUAACAACCAACAAAAUCUUGACGGAUUACUAAGACCAGGCUCGCGAUUCUCUGGAAUCGACAAGGCGGUGAUUGAGUCCCUCCCUUUCUUUAGGUUCUCUUCUCUUACGGGGUUGAAAGAAGGUCUAGAAUGUUCAGUUUGCCUUUGUAAAUUUGAAGAUAUUGAAAUUCUCCGGUUACUUCCCAAGUGUAAACACACCUUUCACAUCAAUUGCGUUGAUCAAUGGCUCGAAAACCACUCAAGUUGUCCUCUUUGUAGGCAUAAGAUCAGUACCGAUGACCUUGAAGCCUUGACAUACUCAAAUAGUUUGAGGUUUUUAUGGAACAAGUCAGAGCGACAAGGGGGGGACUCGAAUUUAGAGCUAUUUGUCCAAAGAGAGGAGAAUCAUCGACACGGGUCAACAUCAAGAUUUACUAGUUUUAGGAAAGUUGGUAAGCGGGAGAAGGAGGAAGAGGAAUUGCCAAUCCAAGAAAAUUGUACCGGUGUUGAUGACAAUCUACAUAAGUUCAAGCACAAGAUCGUUGUACCGGAUGGUUUGAUCAAGAACCGGUGGAGCAAUGUGAGUUCCUCGGACCUCAUGUUUUUGAAUUCGGAGAUGAUUAGUGCUAUGUCAAGCGAUAGAUUUACUCGUUUGGAUUCAAAAAUUGAGGAAUCCACGUCAACUAGAGGGGUUGAAGAUGGUGAUCAAAUUAUGAAGAUUAAGGAUGAGAUUGGGAGGAAAAGGGUUCUUGAAAACAAGGUUAGUAAAAUGAAUCAAAAUGAGUUUUCAAAAGCAAAUCCUUUAAGGGGUUUGAAUCUAAGUGAAAAGAGAUCGAUGUCAGAGAUAACAGUUCAUCCAAGAUUCACAGGAUUUAGUAGGAUUGGUACCAGAGAUUCUUCUUCUUUGGUUCCUGAAAAUGUUGCUGAGGAAGAGAAAAUGAAGAGGCUUUGGUUGCCCAUAGCAAGAAGAACAGUCCAAUGGUUUGCUAAUAGAGAAACAAGGUCUCAAGAACAAUCACAGAACACAAGACAUUCAUUGAAUGUGUAAAUUCAAAGCAUAGGCACUCAAGGUUUGUUUUUAAAUUUCUGAUAAAUUCAGAUUUGAAGUUUCGAUUAAUACAGAUGCAUACUACAGAGAAGAAUGAUAGAAAAAUUCAUGGGAAGUCUCAUGAAGGUAGUGUUUUUGUAUUGAAGAAAACAGAAACAUUUUUCGUACUUCACAUAUAUAAAAAUUCAAAAACAUUGUUGUCA